AUGCCUUACGCUAACCAGCCAACUGUUUCUAUUUCACAGCUUACAGAUGAGAACAUUAAGUUCAUUAUAGAAGAUACAGAUCUCAGUGUUGCCAAUUCAGUCAGACGUGUUUGCAUAGCAGAAGUCCCCACCAUGGCCAUUGACUGGGUACAGAUAGAGUCCAACUCUACUGUGUUAUUUGACGAGUUUAUAUCUCACAGACUUGGAUUAAUUCCCUUGACAAGUGAGGAAGUUGUGGAGAAGAUGCAGUAUUCCAGGGACUGCAAUUGUGAAGAGUUCUGUCCAGACUGCGCUGUGGAGUUCACCCUGGACGUCAAAUGUACAGACGACCAGACUCGCCAUGUCACCAGCGCUGACCUGAUUGCCAGUAAUCCAAAGGUUAUACCUGUGACCUCAAGAUCAAGACCUGAAGCCAGUGAAUACGAAGACACAGAUGAUAUUCUAAUUGCCAAGUUACGCAAAGGACAGGAGCUGAAAAUACGAGCAUAUGCAAGGAAAGGAUUUGCCAAAGAACAUGCAAAAUGGAAUCCAACAGCUGGGGUGUCAUUUGAGUACGAUCCUGAUAAUGCUUUACGUCAUACUACAUAUCCUAAACCAGAGGAAUGGCCUAAAAGUGAAUACACAGAGCUUGAUGAAGACCAGUUGGAAGCUCCAUUUGACCUCUAUGGCAAACCAAACAAGUUCUUCUUCAACUUGGAAUCCAUUGGGACGCUGAAGCCAGAAACGAUUCUCUUCUCCGGCUUGAGUGUGUUGAAGAAGAAGCUCAGUGAUCUGCAGACACAGCUCAGCCAUGAGAUUGGUGCAGACGCCCUGGCCAUCUCUUAA